CCUCUUACUACAGCAUUCAUGCAGUAUGGGCUCAGACUUGAUGGAUAUUGGGGAAAACAAGAGGCUGACCCCAGUGUUGAUGGCUACAGAUAACUGGCAAAGGCAGACGGGAGGAAGGAGGGCAGGAUGCUGGGCUCUGCAGGUGACAUUCAGUAUUCCUCAGACUGAAAGAAAUGCACUCCUCCCUCCCCUGCAGCAUCCUGUGUCAGCUCACAGCCACCACCUGUGGAGCUUCGGUGUUUUUCAACCUGCUGCUUUGCUGACUAACACCUCUGCUUUCUGCCUGGCUCAUUCAUAUUUUAGCUUGUUUCCUGAGCUUUGAGGUGGUUUCUUCUAUUGCUUUCCCUUCCAGCAGAGCACUGUUACUCAUGUCUCAGCUGUUCUCCUGCCAUUUUUCACUUAUUUGUAUUGUAAUGUAUGAUUAUCUUCCUACUAAAUGUCACCAGCCAGUAAUGGUGCCUUUGAUUCUAAGGUUAUGCCAUGUCUGUAUCUUUGACGCUGCUGGGGAUAUUGGUUUAAUUCUGUUAUGACAGGAAGAAAGUACAGAGGUAGUACUGUUUCUGUGGAGUUUUUUCUCUUUUUCGUCAAAUCAUGAACCUGAUAACUCUGAGCAUGACUGGUUUUAUAUUCUAGAGAAAGGAACUGUCAGCUCUGAAUGUUGCUUUUUCAAUGAUUUAUCUUGCUGAUAAAUACGUAAUGAUGUUGUCCUUCUUCCAGUGAUGGCAAAAUGGUUUUGGGUCAUGAAUAACACAAUCUACCCAGCCUUCCCUUGUGUGCCCUUCACACUUGCUUCUUGGUGAAUAUUACCACUGCAGGCUAGGCUGAAAUUACACUUUUUAUGAGUUAAAUUUGAGGAAAACAGGCCUUUUGGUGCAAUAUGUUUAAAUUUAUAAAGCCUUUGGCCUUACAGUUCUACCAGUGUUCCUGUUUUUAAAAUUAGCUCUGUAAUAUCAAAUGCAUAUUAUUGCAUGGUUUAAAAGUACUGUGGCUUGUGACUGCCAGACUAUCACUCUUUGGAGUGAUCACACAUGCUGCUCUUUCCCUCCCUCCUGCACAAAUAACAAUAUUGGCACACAUUGGAGAGUCCUGUGUAAUCAGGGGGCAAAAGCUACACCACUGUCCUGGUGUGCUAUCCUCAUAACAGAAAGAUAUUACUAAGAGCCUGGGAAAUUUCUGACUUAGCCACUCAGCCUCAUUAACCCUGUACUGUCCCACACUGCACCCAAGAGAGGUGGCAAUCUCCACAACCCACAGGUACCAGCAGCUGAGACAAGUCUUUUCUAGAAGCUUGGCCCUGACAUUGUGCCUGUAAGUGAUCCACAAAGCCUGCAGAAGGGAGAGCUGGUCUUUCACAGAGGCUGCUCCAAACACAGUGAGGAGCAGCUUCUGGAUUAAGUCAUGUGACCUUCUCCAUGCAUGUUCUAACAGUGUACAACCAGCUCAGUUACCAGCAACUACCUGGCAAGCAUGGUCAAGAGCCACCUGCCCUGACCUGAACAUUCCAAAACAUCUGUUUUUCAAAGAGUGAGUCAGAGGUAUGGAGGGCUUAACAUGGAGCUCCCUCAUCCUGCACUCUGCUGCUUUGUGCCAACUUCACUGCUGCAGUCUUCUUGGGUUAUUACAGCUCCUUGUUCUUGCUCCUAGCUCCUCCUACCUCCACACUGUGUUGUGUGUGCCAAAUCCCUCCAUAGUGCUGCUCAUUUCCCUCUUGUCCAAGAAUACAGUGAGUGUGCAUGGGUUCCUUGAAGCCCCUUUAAAGGCAUGAUAAGUGAGUUGAUGGACCCUCCCUCAGUGUCAACCUUGCAAUCUAGAGACCUGGCCCAGACACAGGUCACAGGCCCUCACCUUGUAGGAGCCAGGUGACCUCCCUGCCUGUGAUCUAAGGACUGGUGCUCUUGCCCUGAUCCUGGGACCAUUUUGGGAAUGGAUGGAAGCAGAACACAGUGGUAUUUGACUGUCUCCAAUGUGGCACAUGCUGUACUAUGUAGUUUGGAUUAGCCCUUUAAUACCUUGACACUGAUGCCUCCUCACUGCACAAGUCUAAGCCCCACUAUGACCUUUUAAAUAUGAGGCUUGUGAGUUUUUAUCAGUUCUCCCACCCUUUUCUCACGUAAGAAAGCAGAGCAGUACAGUAAUAAAUGUUGUGUGGGUGUUUGGACAUGAAUUCAUCACCUCCUCUCACCACAUCCUUCUGUUGGCACAGUAAUACUGAUACAGUGGUGACGUCAAUCUCCACUUAUCGCCGUGUAUUCCAAUACACCACGGCCCUUGGUUGUGCACAAGUAGGCUUUGCUCUUACUCUGUGCUAAGGAGACCCACCUGCUCCUCAGCUCCCCAGGUGGGGUUUGCAAUUGCAGUAAUGAUUUAGCCAGGCUGGUCAUGGAAGUGUUGGAGGGCUGAGAUGUACAGAACAGGGCAGGUAAUAUCCAUGUUUCCAUCACUUUUCCCUGCUGCCAGUUUGUCCUGCUUGAUGUUGCAACUUCACUGUAUAUCUUUCUUAUAGCUGAUGUGGCCCUUGUGCCCCAGCUGUCAUUGCUCUUACUCUCUGGACAAUCAGAGCACCCCUUUGUCUCCCUGUUGCUUCAGCUUUCUGAUCAGAUGGCAGUGUACAUUGAUAAUGAUUUUUUUCUCAAGAAGAAAGCUUAUUUGGGCAUAUAAUUGGUGGACUGUAUCUUCCACUCUUUUUUUGCUUGGGUGCAAAAAAUUCAUUUCCUCAUGCUUGGAAAUAUUUUUCCCUUUUUUUUACUUAAACUGAGCUCUUAAUUAGUUUUUAUCUGGGAUUUGAUGGGGGGUUUUUUUGUUUUGGUUUGGUUUUUUUGUUUGUUUGUUUUUUGGGGAUUUUUUUCUGGUGGAUUUUUUUUGUUUCUUCUUUUGUUUUUGGUUGGGGUUUUUGUGUGUGUGUGUGUUUUGUUGUUGUUUUGGGGUUUUGGGGUGUUUUUUUUGUUUUGUUUUUUAAGUACAUACAUUUCCUGAAAACAGUUCAAACUGUGAGCUUAGACUGCAUCAAUGUUUGGCAGCUUAUAGCAUCAUAUUUCCAGAUCCUUAACAAAAAUAAUCUUCAUAAAGGUCUGUCUGUAUUGGUCCUAUUUCCUAUUCUCUGGUAUAUUAAAAACUUGUAGCAACAUGUACAUGUGUAUAUUAUGAAUGGCUACUCAGCUUUAUUGCUGUGAUCUCAUAGGGAUAUUACAGAGUUUGCAGAUGUGGUACUUGGCAGCUGUACAAUGCUUGACAUUUUAUAACAAGGGUCUGCGUUGCAAGGAUGUGUGAAGCUGAUUCUGAGUCCCCAUUUCACAGACCAAGAAAAUGAAAUGAGGCAGUAGAAAGGACUUUUCUAAUGCCAGACUGGGAAUAAGUUCCUGCCUCUGCUCAUUGCCCACUGUCAUUCUUUCCUCCGGGUUAACAAUCACAUGCUGACAGAUAGAAGAGAUGGGAAGGGUGUAACAAAUGGAGGGAUGCAGGAAAGGUGGGGGGUCCAAAUAAUAGACUGGGAUUGAAGCUUGCAGGGGGCCUGACUGGAGCAUGCUUCAGAAUUAGGGCUGCUCUACGUCUCCAUUGAAGUCAUGAGGUCUUUGGCAUCAAACACCACGAAGAUGCUGCUGCAGAGCUGCAGCUUUCCCAGCUCUUCUGCACAUGUCUUGUCUGUCCAUGUCUUGUCAUAACAAUCUGGAGCACAGCCAGGAGGUCAGACAGUUUCAGCCGUACUGAAACUGUCUGUGGUGCUCUUAGAGGUCAUAGUCCUUUCCUACUACACUGAGGUAGGGAAAUAGAAGGAGAUAAAUGUUGGACUAAUCUGUGGGCACUGGCAAGGGUAAGAGAUGGGACAGUGGCAUCCCAGCUGAGGAAGUAUUGUCUCUUUGUUUCAGCUAUUUUAGCAGAUCCUACUGUUUUUCUUUUUUGCUACUGUGCUGCUCUUCAUGAAUCUUCCCUCUAGAUUACAAGGCUAUGUGCUAGCCUCUCCCCAUUGUGUAAUGGCAGUCCCUGGUAACUCUGUAAGACACCUACUCAAUGAGCUAUUUGGGCUCCUUGUUUUGACUUUUUCCAGUUCAGUCCUGCCUGUCCCUUCUGGUUGAUGGUGCCAUUCUCUGAGCAGAGACAGAAAAGUAGUGUAGGCCCUUGAAAGAAGCCACAGUCCAAUAAGUAAAAGCAGCAAAGACUUUCCUUGCAUUGGUCUGUUCAUUUAGUCAGGAAUAGGCAUAAAAUCAGGGAGUUACUGCAAUAUUGUGAAUACAAAGCGUCAGAGGCCCUGCCAGUUGGAUUCUGAAAUAAGUGGUGGGUCUGCAGAUCUCUCUGAGGGCCCAGCUUUUCCCUUUCCCUUUUCUUUCCUUUUUCUUUCACAAAUUGCCUUCCUUUGUUUUCCAUGGUUGCCAAGAGUGUGGAGCAUGACAGUCACAAUACUAAGUGAUGCUGAGAUGGGCUCAUGGUGCAGCCAGUCUCAGCAUGAAGUCAGCUGAGCAGGUUUCAGAUAGGAUGACAGCAAGCCUUCCUCAAAGGAAUGAGGAUUUGCAGAAGAGCCAUUGAAGAUGGGUUUUAUCACAAGGUGGAGUUAGACAGUGGACUGUAUCUCAGUGACUAGGGACUGCACCACCAGAAGUAGUGGUAAUGACAGGAGUUAUUAUGCAAAGAAAACUUGGAGAGCUUGGACCAGAGUGGUCAAGAAAAGGUGUUUACACAAGGCAAUGUGUGAUGCAGAAAGAAGGGCUGGAGUACGAAGGUAGAGAGUUUGCCCUGCCACUGGCAACAGGUGAGGGAGGAUGGCAGGGUGCCUGGGGCUCCUUGCUGAGCUGGAACAGUGCUUCAUGGGCCGGGUUUGUUUGGCAGGAAAGAAGGGGCAGAAGCUGCAUCCUUGCUUCCAGGAGGGAGCACACAGCAGGGUGUGACAUAGUGUGUCUGUGGCACCUCCAGAGCGAGUCUUGUUAGUCUCACCUGGGCAUUGACACCCUGAGAGCAUGUCUGUGUGCUCACAUGAGGCUGCAGGGGCUUUCUGGUGGCUGCUAAAUUUGUUUUGCUUUCAUUAUUUGAGUAAACCUGGGAAAUUUUUAAACUCCACAAAUGUUCCUCAAGUCUUAAAGGCUUCAUGAGUUUCUCUCUUCUGGGUGAUUGCCUGGGUAUUUGUUGCUUGUGUUGGAUGCUGCAUAGGCACGCCAGGACCUGAAUACCUUGAACCCCCCAUAUGAAUACAGGCUGAGGGACAAACAGAUUGACACCAGCUCUGCUGACAAGGAUCUUGGGGCAGUGGUGGAAUAAAAGCUGGCCAUAAGCAGGCCAUAUAUGCUGGUAGCCCAGAAACUCCUGUCUUGGGGUUCUUCCCCAGCAGUAUGGGCAACUGAUAGAGGGAGGAGAUUUUUCCCCUCUGUUCUGCUUUCUUGAGACCCUACCUGGUGUUCUGCCUUCAGGUCUGGGACCCCCAAUGUGACAAGCAUGUAGAACUGCUGUGUUCAGUCCAGGGGAGGCCACAGAAAUGCUUCAAGGGCUGAAGCAUGUCUGCUAUGUAUGACAGGCUGAGAGAGUUGGGCUCGUUCAGCCUGGAGAAGAGCAGGCUCUGAGGAGACCUUACUGCAACAUGUAAGAAAGAUAAGGACAGGCUUUUUAGCAGAGUCUGUUGCAACAGGACAAAGGGUGAUGUGUUUUUUUAAAUCAAAAGGGUAGAUCAGACUAUGUGGCAUGGCAUAUGGGCCCUUCCUGCUGUCUGUGCAUCCUUGCAACUUGCUUUCAAUGAAACUAUGUCACCAAAAUAAUACACAUUGCUUAUCCAAAGUUUUGUCCCAUUUGAGAGCAGCUUGAGAAAACAGUGCUGAAGUGUGUACCAGGUAUCAACAGCCAAUACUCUGCAGAGAGCACAUUUUGAGUCUUUCUAUGCACAUCCAUGUAUUUCUAUAAAUAUUUAAUUGUUGUGAAAUCACAGCCUUAAAUACAUUAUAUGACCUGAGGGCUUUGUCUUGGAGCAGGGGCUGUGGGUUGAACAGUCAUUUGUAUGUGAUGCUAUUUCCUCUGUUUUAAACAUCCUGCUGUCAUCUUCUCUGAAGACUUUCUUGCAAGUUCUCUUCCCUAUACCAUCUGGGCAGCCUUUCCCUGCAGUCAGUACUGUACAUUGUUCUCUUGGAUGCUAUAUGAGAGGCUGGGUGGUUUUUUUCUUCUUUUCUUUUUCCUCUGGUCUGUCUUUCUGGAGUCCCUUAACUAGAUAUUUCAUGCUUAUUUAACUAUAGGUAGGCCAAAUCAAUGAGUUCUCACCAGCUUUCCUCACACAGACCCACAAUGACAUUCAGACUCCAUUUGGCUAAUUCAUUGCAUAGCUGUUUAAUCUGCAGCAGUGUCACUUCUAGUGGCAAGCCAUUCCUAGUUGCAAGAUACCAAUGAAGAAAAAAUGGGUUAGCAAUUAACCCAAGAGUCUUUCUUGUUGCCUGGAUAGCCAGAGCUGCGGUUACUUUGCUGCUUUCUCUGUGCAUGUGCUAGCAAGGAGCAAAGAUUUCACUGACCUCGCUUAUGGCAAGUUGGCAGGCUGUUGGUCCUACCCCCCUAGCACAUGGAAAGGAGCAGGAGAGCUGAAAUUAAUUGUCUAAAUAAGGCACUCUACUUUUAGAUGUUUAAAUGAAAGCAAGAUUAAUUCCACCUCAACCUUAAUCAAGUUAAUGUCCAAGCAGAGCUCUAAAUUGGUCGUGGGAGUCUUGUGUGUGUUUUUUUUGUUUUGUUUUGUUUUUUUCUUCCCCAGGAUAUCCAGUGAGAACUACCAUGAAGAACAAACUGUGGCUCCAGAAUAUUUUCUUCUGCCUUUUAUUUCAGUACACUAUGUGUUGUGAAAACCUCACUUGUUUUGUGGACUAUGUACAGACCCUGUCCUGUAUCCUGCGAGAUGAGCUGGGUGCCGGUUCAUACAAUGUCACUGCUACAUGGGUUCCUGGGGAAGAUACAGAAAAUACUGUGGCUGCCUGCACUCUCGUGCAAUUGUCAAGAAACACCAGUCACAUCCAGUACAUGUGCACUGUGGAUAUGACUGAACUCCUGGCAGAUACCAAAGUCCAGGUGGAUGUUAUAGAGGUAGCUGAUAGGCAGCCCGUGCUUUCCAAAGACUUUUAUUUGUCAGACAACAUAAAACCACAGCCUCCAUUCAACCUGACCGCUUUGUUCUCAGAGGGUUACAAUAUUUCUUGGGAAACUAUCUACCAGAACUCUUCCUUCUACUUUUUGAAUGAGGAGCUGGAAUAUCAGCUGCGUUACAAAAGAAUAACUGACACCUGGGAGACUCAGAAGACCAAAGCUGUUCACGAAGAUAAACGGACAUUGGUGAUCCUGCCAUGGGAACUACAGGCGAACACUGAGUACGAGUUCCAAGUGAGAGCUAGACCCCGUGAAGACAGUGGCUAUGGUGGUUUUUGGAGUGAAUGGAGUUCUCCACUGUCACUGAAAACCAGCCCUGCCGCAGCGACACAGAGAGCAGGCAUGGAAUGGCUGUUGCUGUUUGCUAUUGUCGUGGCAAUCAUGGCCUCAAUCACAACAUUUCUGGCCAAACAGCAGAGCUUGUGGAAGAAGAUGGCUUGCAUCCCAGACCCUGCUCCCUUUUUCAAACCUCUUUACAUGGCUCAUAAUGGAGAUUUUAAGAAGUGGGUUGGUGCAUCCCAUAUGAAAAUGACCUUUGAUUUCUUUGAAUGGGGAAUAGUCCUUCCAGAAGUCCUAGAAGUUUACACCAUGCAUCCUUCCAACAGCCCCCCACAGGAAGAGCUGCAUGAGCUAAGAAAGAAUCUGCCUUGCAAGCCCUGUGUGUCUUGCCUGACUGCCCCAAGUCAUGGUAGCCAGUCACUGUGGUGCAGUGUGAACAGUAGUGGUGGGACUGAGGACCAGUCAUAUGGGCACUUGUCAAUUGAUACAGUGACUGUGGCUGAUGAAUUUACAUCUUGUGACUGCCAGUGCAGCUGUAACCAUGUGUACAGGGAACAUGACCAUACCAACAAGGAAGAUGAUAGUGCUGGAGAACCUGGUUACCCCAAGGUUAACCUUGAUGAGGAAGACAGAAAAAUAUCCAGUGACUUGCAUUUGGCUGAUCUGAGUACACAGGACAAAAUACUUGCUUCAGGCUCUGUGUCCACAGACCACUUGAGGAGCACAAGUGUCCCAGUCAACCAGCAAGGAGAAAGGGGAGUGGAAGGAGGGGUGGGGAGCAUCCUAGAAGCCCUUUGCUUGCAGCCUUAUCAGUGGGAUUUGGAAAAUCCAGGUUCCCUACCUUCCCCUGAUGGUGAAAGUGUUUCCUACAGUGAAGGCUCCUAUGACUUCUUCCCUCACAAUACAAAGCCUGGUGACAGUUAUCCUCUGAUCUGUGUAGAUUUGGACACUAUUGACAGUGGCUUUAUGGACUCAGACUGUGGAAGUCCAGUUGACUCUGAAUUUGGGCAAAACAGUCAGACCAUUUGUGGGCCCAUCUCUCUUGAGCAGGAGGGGCAAGACUUUACACGGAGCUACGUCAAGCAGUGGGUCUCCUGUCGCUCUGAGAGCCCUAUCAGUGGAACACAGACCAACUAGGGACUGGAUGAGUGUGGAGCCUUUUCCAUAGUGUGCCAGGAGCAAACUGCUAGCAAAAUUCAGAAGAGAAACAAAGUUUACUUUGUGUAAGCUAUAUUGCAUAAACUGACACCUGUUAGGUCCACAGAAGUAUGCCUGUUUCUAUUCCCACUUAUCCUAUUAAUGUCUCAAAUGUGUUGUGAUUGUUUCUGAGUUUUGUUGGGUUUUGGUUUUUUUUUAGAAUCAUAGAUCAACCCUCCUUUGAUGGUAGAAAAAUAUCAGAAAAAAACAACUGUACUUUGAAAAUUAUCCUUUAUUAUCCUUAUAGGUAUGCAAAAUUUUUUGCAUUAACCUUAUAAAGAGUACAGAACUUUAAGUUAUUUUCCCUGGUAUUCUCACUUGAAUUAAGAGUUUGGCUGCACAUGGAACCUUAGAAUCAUAACCCACACAUGCUUGCUAUGUUAAAAUUUCCCUACCUUUCCAAACAACAUGUGAUGUUACUUUUCCUUCUACUACCUUUGGCUCUUUAAAUUCAGCUGUAGUAGUCUGUUAAUUACAGAGGACUCCAUAUUUGUCCAUGGGGAUCAAAACUAAUUCUUAUGAAAUUAUUGCAGAAAUGCAUGUACUAGAGGCUAAGCACAACUCAGGUUUCAGAAAGACUUUCCAGGUGGAGUCUGCAAAUGAAAAUACUUCAAAAUAUAUAUCAUUCUAAACAAACUCUCACCGCUAGGCUUUUCUAUUGAGUCAGACUCUCUCCCUGCACUUUUCAAGCAUUUUAAUUGACCAGCUUUUAGAAUUUUGCCAAAACUAUCGAAACAUUGUCCUACCUGGAUAUGCCUGCCCCUUCUGCCUUGGACUUGCUCUGCUGCAGUUAACAGGUCAGUAGCAUAAAUUUUGAGCAAUUUCUGCUAGCUAAUAAAGUCAAAUAUGAAACUGCACUGUAA